CCAUAUACUAGCUAGCUAGUCUCCUCUGCAAGCACCGUUUCUUCUGUGCUUCAUUCACUCUAUAUCUCUACUUUCUAUAUCUCUUCAAUUUCCAAUACCCCAUAAUUUAACAAUUUACCUCCAAAUAUUAUGAGUCCUAAUUACGGCUCUUCUAUCUCCGGCGCCGGCUCCGGCUCCUCCUCCUCCUCGUCAGCAUGUUCCACCUCCACUAAACCACCUGACCAGAUGGACCAUCUUCUUGCUGGAGCCGGCUACAAAGUGCGGUCAAAUGACCUCCACCAAGUAGCCAAGCGUCUCGAGCAUCUCGAGACGGCUAUGGUCAAAUCCUCACCAGGCGAGAUCAGUGAGCUUGUUAAUGAUGCUGUUCAUUACAACCCCACUGAUCUCGCCUCGUGGGUUGACUCAUUACUCAUUGAGUUAAACACUAGCCAACCUGGACCUGGAAAUGGGCCCAUAAACGACGUUCUGGGCCCAAACCCGAAUAAUAAUAAUAUAAAUGGUUUUAUUACUGACGACCCUGUAACUAGUGGUCAGGAUAAUCGGUAUAAUCAUCAGUUACACGGUAACUUUGUGUCUCAACAAGAAGUCUUGACGCCGUUAGAGGAAGACGUUAGUAUUCGGUUAGUACACGUGUUGAUGACGUGUGCUGAGGCUGUUCAACGUGGUGACUUCUCAUUGGCUAGUUUGUUGAUUGAUGAUCUACAAGUGUUACUUGGACGUGUAAACAGCGGAUGUGGCAUUGGUAAAGUUGGGAGUUUUUUCGUCGACGCACUCAGUAGGCGUGUUGUAAACGCGCCGCAAAACGGUGUCGUGUUGACGGAGUUAUCGGGUUAUGAAAAUGAGAUUUUAUAUCAUCAUUAUUAUGAAGCUUGUCCUUAUUUAAAGUUUGCUCAUUUCACCGCUAAUCAAGCUAUUUUAGAAGCCUUUGACGGUCAAGAUUGUGUCCACGUCAUCGACUUUAAUCUAAUGCAAGGGUUACAAUGGCCGGCUUUGAUACAAGCCUUGGCUUUGCGCCCCGGUGGGCCGCCAUUACUGAGGCUCACCGGGAUUGGUCCCCCGUCUCCUGACGGGCGUGAUUCAUUACGCGAGAUUGGGCUUAAGUUAGCUGAACUAGCCCGGUCUGUGAAUGUGCGAUUUGCCUUUAGAGGCGUGGCAGCUGCACGUCUUGAUGACGUGAAGCCGUGGAUGUUGCAAGUGAGCCCCAAAGAGGCUGUGGCGGUAAAUUCGAUAAUGCAGCUUCACAAGCUGUUGGGACCAAACGGGCCUCAUGGGCCACCAAUUGAUUUGGUCCUUGAUUGGAUUCGGGAUCUGAAUCCAAAGAUUGUCAUGGUUGUGGAACAAGAGUCGAACCACAACCAACUUGAAUUCUUGGAUCGUUUCACCGAGGCCUUGUACUAUUACUCCACAAUGUUCGAUUCGUUAGAUGCAUGCACAACCCUGCCUGAAAAAGCAUUGGCUGAACUAUACAUACAAAGAGAAAUAUGUAAUGUGGUAUGUUGUGAAGGGUCGGCUCGUGUUGAAAGACACGAACCAUUGGUCAGUUGGAGGGAGCGAUUGACUAGUGCCGGUUUUGGACCUUUACACUUAGGGUCCAAUGCCUUCAAGCAAGCGCGAAUGUUGUUGACUUUAUUUUCCGCCGAAGGCUAUUCUGUAGAAGAAAAUGAAGGAUGUUUAACCUUAGGAUGGCAUAGUCGUCCCCUUAUUGCCGCCUCGGCUUGGCAAGCGAUUCCAAAGCCGAGCGGGGCAGUAAACCACCCUUAAUAAUAAUGCAUAAUCAGUUUGUUACAUAUGUGAAGUUAAAUUUAGUCAUUGCCAAACAGAAGUGUAGCUUCCUUCUCUUUUUACUUCUAUUUUUGGAUCUUGUAUCUGUUUGUUACAUUUGAAGUGAAGGGGACUUUAUACCGUAUUAAUUAAAA